AUGUGGUCUGCGGUGGGCGCGUGUCUGCGCAGCCGGCACCGUGUGCGGCGCAGGGCCAUUGCGGCUGUGCGUGUGGCGCUGCUCGUUGUGUUGGCGCUGGUUGCGGCGGCGGCGUGGAUGCCCGCGGUGCAUGCGGUGGUGUUGCGACUGCGGGGCGGCACGGUGGACAGAGCCAUCACGGUUGGCCGCGCCGUGGACACGGUGCUGAUGGACGGCGUGUGCAUCACGAACGGCGUGGCUGUGGUGUUCGACGUUGCUGCAAUGAUUCCCGGCACAGUGCGCAUUGAACUGAGGAACUGCGUGUGCGACGGCGGUGCGCAGAUAUACGUGCGGGGCUACAGCGGCGAGCCGGCGACUGACCGGAGCCUGGAGGUGAGCGUGAGCGGGCUGUCCGGCGGCUACUGCUCGCUUGUGUUCGUGCACAACCUGCCGGCACACACGAACGUGACGGUCCGCGACUCGACGAUUGUGACGCCUGGACCGAUGCGCUACUCGCAGCUGAGCGGGCUGACGGACGCGGUGGCGGCGCCGCUUGUGCUGCACGCGACGUCGCUGUUGCAGACGCAGCUGCGUGUGAGCAACACUGUGCUGAGGUCGUUGCAGGCGGGCGGGUCGGCGGUGUACGUUGGCGGCGGUGUGGACCUGCUGUCGAGCGCGGUGGUGCUUGACGGCGUGUCGCUGGAGGCGUCGGGCGGUCCGACCGCUUCCGCGAUGCAUGUGUCGUCUUCGUCGUGUCUCAGUCUGCGUAGCCACUCGGUGUUCUCUGUGACGAACGUGUCUGUUUUGAGCAGCGGCGGAGGCUUUGUGCUUGGCGAGCGCCUCGCGGUGUUUGAUUCGGUGCUGCGCUUUGUGGGUGUCGAGGGGUCUGCCGCGUCGUCGCUGGUGCGCUGCGACGGUGGGACGGUCGGUGUCGGCGGGUGGCUGGACCUGCACGACGUGUGGGCGGUGGGCGAGCUGUCGUCUGUGGCAUCGCUGUCGGGGGUGACGCUGAGCGGCGGUGCCGUGUCGAUUGCGCGCUGCGCUGUCACCGGCGGUACGCUUGCCUCCGGGCUGGCGAUCACGAGCGGCGUCGUGUCGGUGCAGUGCAACCGUGCCGGCGGCCGGGUGCUGCGGAGCAGCGGCGACUACCGCAUGGCCGGCCUGUCCUCCGUGAGCGUGGUGCCGUGCGACGGCUGCGCGGCGGCGCUGGCGUGCUUCGAUGCGCUGAUGGCGUCAUUCUCCGACUGCGUGUGCAGCUGCCGUGCCGGCGGUGUGGGCGAGGCGUGCCUGCCGUUCGACGUGCCGGUUGCGAGGUCCGGUGGCGGUGGUGGUGGUGGUGCGGAGGGCUGCGUGAGAGGCGUGACGCUGACGGAGUCGGUGACGGUUGGCGGUGGGCGUGCGAUGGCGUGCUUCGACUCGGUGUUGUUCAGUGGACCGAUCACUGUGGCGGUGGACCUGCGCUCGAUGGACUUGUUUGCUGACGCGCUGAAUGUGACGCUGCGCCACUGCGUGCUUGCGGGCGGCGCGCAGCUGCGGAUUGGCGGCCUCAGCGAGAGCACGGCGCGCCUGGUGCCCCACGCCCUCGUCAAAAUGACGAACGUGACGUCGCUGGAGGGCACGAUCGUGCUGCAUGGCGCGAUGCCGCUGCACUCGAGUGUGCUGCUGGCGAACGCAACGCUGCGUGCGACGGUUGGCGGGACGCGGUAUGUGCCGACGACCCCUGGCUGUGCGGGAUUUCGGCACGGCCCCGUGCUCGUCCUGGACGGCGUCCGGCUUCUGUCGACGCGGUUUGUCAUGACGCGGUCUACGCUGGUGUGUGGCGGGGGUUCGUGCGCUGCGAUACUCGUGGAGCGCGGCCUCGGCGUGAACCUGUCCAGCGUCUUCUACAUGGACAACUGCGUUGUCAGGUCGCGGACGCAUUUGAUUUACGCUCUUGUGUCGGACCUGCGUGUGAGCGGCGGCUCCGUGUUCUCGGUACAGGACAGCUCGUGGAGUGCGCCGAGCAUUAACAUGUACGAAGGCGCGUGUGUGUUUGGGGACGUUGUGGUGGCUGGCGGCAGCGUGCUGCAGAUUGUGUCCAGCACUUUCCGUCUCGGCUUUGCCAUGCUCAUGGCAAACACGCUGACCGUGACUGACGGCAGCUGGCUGGUGCACCGCAACAACGAGUUCCGCACCGCCUACGUUGUGUACGUGGUCAAGGAAAACGGCGUGGCGUUCCGCGAUCAGAGUGUGUGGUCGAUACUUGACAACAACUUCACGUACGGCUCGUACUCGUCAACCAUCGCACACAUGACAAGCAACUGGUCACCACCAUCCGACUCGCGCCCGAUCAUCUACGGCGUGUGCAACGAGGCAAUGGGCUCUCCUGUGACGGAUUACCAAGACGACCUGAACAUUGAAGCACCCGUGACGGUGUUGGACUGUGGCGCGUGCACCGUGGACGCCGUGUGCUUUGCUGCGAGGACGAGCAGCAUCAGCGGCUGUGUGUGUGUGUGCGCAGCUGGUGGCCACGGUGACGCGUGUCUGCCGGCAGCGGUUCCGGACGGUCUUGGGCCGCUCCCGCUCCCCGAUGCGAAGGACACGGAGGUCCGCUGCGUGCACGGUGGCAGCAUCAGCUCCGUGGACUAUCCUGAUCCCGGUGUGCAUGGUCUGUGCUUUGUUAACGUGACCUUCACCGCCGCGAUCGUGCUGGACCUGUAUAACUUUAACGCACCACAACAGACACUCAACAUCACGCUGCUGCAGUGCGUUCUCAUGGGCCUGUCGAUCAGGGGGAGUGGUGCGAGAGUGCACGUGAACGUGACAUCCUCGAUGCUGGAUUCCGGUGAGUUGGAGUUUGAGGGUGAUUUUGGUGCGAGUUCCCAGAUACUGGUGGCGGCCAGUACGCUUGUGACGGUGUCGGGACACGCCAUUUCCUUUUUGCUUUUUAUUGGUGCGAACUCGACGCUGCAGCUGCUUGACAACUACAUCGAAGGGAAUAUUCACGCAGUCUAUUUCAGCAAUGCUGCUGUUGAUGGUGGCGGGAUCAUUGUGAAGGGAAAUACGCUGAGGGCAACGAGGGACGAUGACGGUGUGGAAUCAUCCGUUUAUGCUUAUGCUAUUGAUGUGAGGAACGGCGGAUACUUUGACGUGGAGACACACG